AUGGUAUCCUACCCUAGGCCCACCACCCAGUGGCAAGAGAAAUGGCUCGCCGAGCUCCAGCGGGCCCCUGAUUUUGAGGAAGCCAUCCAGGAGCUCACAAAGGACCUCUCCGCAAGAGGCAGGAGGGCAGCCCAGGGCAGAUGGAGAGGCCCCCUGCAGUACCACGGCGCCACGGCCACAAGGAACAUCCAGUACUUGUACGACGUCAACAAGGCCGAAGCUCUGAGAAAGAUCCUCGAGCCUCCCCCUCCUCCUUGCGAGAUCCCCGCGACGGAGAUCUACAAACACUUCUCCAAAGCGUUCGCUAGCGAGGGCUGGGGCCUGUUCCCGCGUCCGCGUGGCUGGCCUCGCCUUGCCGCCAUGAGAGGCUCCGCCGGCCUGGAGAGAGACUUCGCCCCCAGAGAGGUUAAGGAGAUGAUCCACCACAUCAAGAAGAAGAACGUGGGGAAGGAUAAGCUGACGCCCGCCUUUCUGAGCCAGCAAGACCCCGGAUGCCUAGUGCUGACCGCCGUUUUCAACCGGUGCAAGCGGCUGCGUCGCAUCCCCUCCGAGUGGAAGAGAUCGGAGACCAUCCUCAUCUUCAAAGGCGGCGACGCCAAGGAGCUGAAGAGCUGGAGGCCCAUCGCCAUGUGCGACACCCUUUACAAGAUGUACGCCCGGUGUCUGAACCGCCGCAUCAACACCUGGGUUAUCGAGGGUGGCGCCAUCUGCCCGCAGCAGAAAUACGACACGGGGUGCGUCUUCAUCUUGCAGGCUUUGUUGGACGAGUGCCGACGUUCGGGGCAGGAGUUUGCCCUCGCCACGUUGGACCUCUCCAGUGCCUUCAGCUCCAUCCCUCACCAGCACGUCUUCCAAGUGCUGUCGGAGCUGGGCAUGCCAGAAGGCUUCCUCAGCGUGGUCCGCGAUCUGUAUAAUGGGUGCACCACCACCCUGUCUAGGCUGGGUUGCCCGGAUAUCCCAAUCCAGAAGGGGCUGAAGCAAGGGUGCCCUCUGAGCUACACCAUGUUCAAGCUGGCAAUGGAGCCGGUUGUCCGAUACAUCGCCGCUCGAUCCACUGGAUUCGUUCUGCACGGCCGGAAGAUCGACAUCCUGGCUUACGUCGAUGAUCUGGUGCUUGUGGCCAGCAGCAGGAAAGGGCUGCAGGACGCGUUGGACGCCGCCACUGAGGCCACCCGCCGGGUGGGCUUGCGCUUCAACACUGCCAAGUGUGCGUCUCUCCACGUCCGACAAUGCCAGGUCCUGCCAACCGAGUUCACCAUCCAGGGAGAAGCGAUGACCCGCCUUCAGAGAGGAGAAACGUUCAAGUACUUGGGGGUUCUCCUGAGCUUCCCCGAACAGCCGUCCUCCAAAACCUUCUACAAAGAGUGGCUUGAAGAACUGGGAGAGAUCGACGGUUCGCUGUUGACCCCCGGGCAAAAGAUGGAUGCUCUCAAGACUGUCCUGCUGCCCAAAAUCUCGUCCUUCCUGAAAGGACCACCGGCCGCGAGGAAAUGCCUUGAGGAAGCUGACGCCGUCGUCGUCAACAUGGCGAACAGGUGGCUCGGGGUGGCCCGUAACACCCUCCGCGCCCCCAGUCAGUGUGGAGGACAUGGGAUUCUGGAAAUGGGGCACCUGGCUGAUGUUGCAGUGAUCACCCACGUCUUCCUUCUGCUGACCAGCCCGGACCCCACCAUGAGAUCGGUGGCGCAAGGCUCCUUUGCCAACACUGUUGCGGAGGAGCAGAACCUGCGUGCAAAUCCCUCUGGCAAAGCGCUGGCCCGGUAUCUCAACAGGUUCUCCAGAGGCCAGUUCAGGCUUGGCGGAGGCGUCAGCCCCUGGCACCAGGCUGCCAAUGCCACUUGGCACCUCAACAGAUCCAUUCAACUCCAGUGGGUCUGCGAUGAAAGGCAUGUGAUUGGCGUGCAAAUACAGAUAGAUGGCAUGAGGCAACAGUUCUCAGCUGAGAAUAGGAGCAGCCUAGAAGGCGUCCUGAAGGACCUCAUCUGCAAGAGCUACCCAAGCUACCCUGCGUGGAAUUAG